UAUUUAGAAACUAUGUUAUUUGAAGUUUGCAAAAAGUUGUAUCUUGACAUGCCAUACGAAUACCUUUUCUACUUUUUUUGUGUUUCUAGAGCAAGAAUUUGAGUACGUCUAGCUGUCUGAAGUCUUAGCACAGCUUCAAGUUUGACUGCGAGAUGGGUCUGGGAGCGAGCCACUGUCGAGGUGUCUGGGCGCCAAGAGAAGUGUCACUCACCACUCUGUCCAUAGCUGCAGUUUUCUGCUUUGUUACAGUUCCCGGUAAUCUGCUGAUUAUCCUGUCUGUUCUGAUGGAUCCCAACAAGAAUCUCCGACGCACUCCUUACAUUCUACUCAUUUUAAACCUGGCCAUCACGGAUCUGAUCGUGGGUGUCAUGGUGGAACCCCUGUCAAUGUACACACACUGGAAUGAGGCGCAUGGCCUGUCAAUCAACUACUCGUGGCUGUCGCAGUUUGUCUAUUUCAUGUGUUGUACCGCCUCGCUUCUCAGCCUGUGCAUUCUCACAAUUGACCGGUACCUGGCGAUUACCUCACCCAUGUGGUACCGUGCUAACAUGACAAACACACGCGUCCUACAAGCCUCCAUCUUCAUCUGGGUGUUGUCAAUUUCUUGCAGCGGCGCACUGUUUGCCACUGGCUUCGUCACAUACGCCUUUAUCUUCGCCACCUUGACGCUAAUCUGCGCGAUUUUCAUUUUGGCCUUCACGUACGUCCGCAUAUUUUUGGUUGUGAAACGGAAAGUCAAGGAGCUAAACAACUUGCAUCAAGGCGAUGCUGAACGGAAGAAAGCCCAAGAAAGAAACAUGGUGUGGGAAAGAAAGCUGACCAAAACCCAUCUGACGAUGCUGCUCGCCUUCCUGGUGUGCUAUGGCCCUGCGUGUAUCAUGAUUUAUCUCAUGAAUACGUGCAGCAUUUGCAGCUGUGAAGUCAUUCAUUGGUUACGAGACAUGCACUUUGUGUUAGUCACACUGAACUCGUUGAUCAAUCCAUUGGUCUACGCUCUAAGGCUUCCUGGAUUUCGGAAAGCCAUCCAUUUCUUCCUGCGUCCUUGUCUUUGCUGUGGAAGGGGAGUGGUGGCACCGGAUCCCAGUCUGGAAACAUCUCAGCGCGGUGAAACAGACGUCACUCAAUCUACCAAUGUGCAUGUUAGCUACCAUCCUGAAAGAGGGCGAUCAUCUGUCCGAUGAGGAGAAUGUAGCCUGGCGUUGUCAUUGGGACGCAGGUCGCCGUCAUGGUUUUUCCCGCUAUAAACUGCCUCUAACUAGGUUUUUUUCUCGGUAGUCCCCAAUUCAAAUCCAAAGCCACGCCGUGUAAAUAGUCACCUCGCCAACCUACUGUUAUUUGGAAAUCUUAGCUAUGCUCUAUUUGAUUUUAAUGUUGUUUCUUGCGUUCUUUUUAUUUAUUUUUACUGAUUUCAAAUAUGAUCAGACUACAAACGCACGUUUGACGAUCGUGAUUCUGACGUUCCUCAGUGCUACAUACAAUAUUUCAUGAACUAAAUACAAGGGUAUAUAAAUAACAUACAAGUGUAAAUUACAACUAAAUUAUCAGGACGAUGUAAUGUUAGGUAAUGGAUCAAAGAACAAUUGAAUAGAACAGCGGCUUUCAGCUGAUCGUUGGAAGGCUUUUAAUCCACUUCGAUUUCCUCAAAUGAAUUGUCACCUCGGACGUUCUUGAUAUAAGAAAUAUAAUUAACUUUUAACGCUUUAAAAGCACUCCAAAUAGUCUAAAACAACGUUUUAGAUCAUUUGAGAGAAAAAAAUUCCAUUGGUGGCCUUGGUAGAGCUCAAUAAUGGUGUGGAAAAGGUGAGGCCAAGAAUGAGGUAAAUCAGAAGAUGUAAAUAACUUGAAAACAGUAAACUCAAUUUGAAUUGCCAAAUAUUAAUACUGCCGUUAUUAUGUUGCUGAGCGACAGAGCUUGAUGUUUAGUGUAAUCAGUUGGGCAGUGCUGGCGGUCCUCCAUUUCUUGUGAAUAAGUUAAAUACAAGUUAAGAAUUAAAUCUAAGCUAACUGUAACAAUUCUUGGCUGAAGUAAAACAAAGAUGCAAAGGCUUUCUUCUUCUUCAAUAUUUCCCAUUUUCCCCAAAUCUCUCUCAAUUCUUCAAGGUUUAGAAGGUCUUGUAUGCAAUAUCAAGCAUACCAGUACAACACCUUAGACCCGCUUUAUUGUAACAUACAAGGGUAAUUUCGAGACGAGCGAAAAAAUAUCACAGAAACAGUAACUUAAUGCUCUUAGUGUUGUCGUUAUUAUUAGCCGUAACUUCGGCUUCGGUACUCCAGUACCCGGGGAGUACUUCCAUAUAAAAAGGACAGGGGGGUGCUCAUCGGAAAUUUUAAAAAGAACCCCUA